CGAACCUAAUAUUAUUGAAGAGGAUGUUGAAGGUAUUGUUGCGCCAGCCGAACCUAAUAUUAUUGAAGAGGAUGUUGAAGGUAUUGUUGCGCCAGCCGGACCUAAUAUUAUUGAACAUGAUGUUGAAGGUAUUGCUGGUCCAGCCGGACCUAAUAUUAUUGAACAUGAUGUUGAAGGUGUUGCUGGUCCAUCCGGACCUAAUAUUAUUGAACAGGAUGCUGAAGGUGUUGCUGGGCCAUCCGGACCCAAUGAAUUAAAUGAAGAUGGUGAUGAUUAUAAUGAUGAGGAAGAGUUGUAUCAACUGAAUGAAAUUUAUGAACAAUUAACUAGGCCUAAAUCUAGGCCAGGUCAUCAAGCCUUUUAUCAAGCAAAUGUAGCACCACUUAUCGACGAUCAAAAAAAUUUCCUUAAUAACUUUAUUAUGGAAUUAUCCGAAGUAAGGCUUCGAAAAUCAAUUCCGAAUGCUCAUUCGGAAGAAUUGGCAAGUGUUGUGGCCAGAAAUUUCUUAGCCGCCCGAAAUUUUCCCGAAAAUAUACCGAAAAUAAUGGCCAAGUAUUGUGGCAGUGUACAUCUCCAAAAUCAAUUUUUGGAAGAACAACCGUCCCAUGUGCAACCAAUGAACAUCACAACAUCCCAUCCAGAAUUGUCCAUUCAUUAUUUUUCAGUUGGUCAAAUAAUUAAGUCAAUUCUUGAUCGAUAUCCAUCCAUAAUCAAUUCAAUUGAAGGCGAAAAAUCAUUACGAUUUGAGGACGCAAAUGAAAGAAAAUUUCUUGUGAUCAAUAAUGAACUUGAUACCGUUGAUGAAUCGAUUUUCAACAGAUUGCGUGGAAAAUUAAGGAUGGAGAUUUCCAUUGAUGAUUAUUCUUUUUGUGGAAAUAAAGGAAAAAAGUUCGUUAGUGGUUAUUUAGCAUGUUCUAAUCUACCACUCCAAAAACGAGUCAAGAGAGAUCAAAUCCAUUUGUUUCUCUUGGCCAAGAGACCAAAAAUUGAAGAUGCCAUGAACAAAAUUCUAGAACCUUUUGUUCUUGAAAUGCAAGAACUUGAACGAUCUGGUAUAUCGAUUAAAAACGAUCAAGGUGAAGAGAUCAAAAUAACCCCAACACUUUCAAAAAUCAUAUGUGACAACCUUUCCCAAAAUGAAAUUUUGGGGUUAUCUAUGGGAUUCGGAUCAGGCAGUGUUUGUCGAGAAUGUUUGGGAAGGCGUGAGCACUAUUCAAAAACACGUUCGCACGAAAUUCUGGACUCCACUAAUAGCGAACUUCAACAAUCAGCUGUGAAUGUUCGUAGAGAUUGCAUUCUUACCAGAUUAAAUGGAGUCACAAUAACUAAUAUUGCCCCUCCUGAUAUUUUUCACGAUGUAUUCGAUUGGUUUGUUACUCUUAGCGAUAAAGAAAAACAUCUGGACUAUAGUGUGACGUAUAAACUACACAAAUUAUUACAUUACGCCGCAAAUAUACGAAGAUUCGGUCCGAUGUACCUGUCAUCAACGAUGAGAUACGAACGAUGCCACCAAAAUUCCAAGAGAUAUGGCCGAGUAAUGGGUUGCUGGAAAUCUCCAGCAGCUACAUUAUCCGAACGCCUUGCAUUGAGGCAAACGGUGACAUCCAUUAGAAAAAUCACCACGGAUCAAUGGGUCAAUCAAUCCACGAUUUCGGUAUAUGAUGCCCAAAAUCUUGGGUUCGAGUUGGGAAAUCAAGAUCAAGGAGAUUUCGUUUUGGGAAAAAAUGUAUUAAGAAGACUCAUCAUACCCGGUUAUCGACCCAAGAUGUGGUUGAAGGCGAUCAAAUUUUUAAUCCACCCAGAAACUCGUCAAAUUAUGGUUAAAGGUUCCAUCUGGUACGAAGUGUACUCGGAAGAUGAGACACCAGAGAAAAAAUUCAACCUUCAACGGAUAAGAACGUUCGGAGAAACAGUUAUCAUGAAUAGCGAACGUUUAUCACAUAUAAAUGAUUUUAUUUAUAAAUGGAAAGAUGAUCAUUAUUAUGUAAAUAGAUUUUUUUAA